GAUGGAUUUUAAUUUUGAUAAAUUUGUUAUUAAUAAAAUUCUUUAUAGUAAAAUAUGGCUUAGGAGAAUUUCAGGAUUAACUAUAAAAUUAGAAGUUGAUUUUUAAUUAUUUUUAAUGUUGAAUGAAUUAAAAUAGUAGAAAUUACUUAUAGGUCAUUUGUAUAUAUAGUCACGUGUUUAUAAAUUAUCUAAAAGUAACUUCUGCUGAAAGAAGAUUUGUCAAGAGUUAAUACAUGGCGUGUAUUUGGUGCUUCAAAAUUUUACUUCUAAACUUUUUCAGCACUAAGAAGGCCUUUUCAUAUUAUGGGUUCAGCCAGGCCCACAAUGGAGGUGACUGAUGAAGGAUGAACUUGCCUCCUGGGGUUGAUCACCUGGAUUCAAUCCCAGAGUCACCAAAGCUGUAGGUUGAUGCUAUAACUGCCUCAGGUCGUCUACUUUAGGCAUUAAUUAAUAAUUGGAACUCCAAAUGCUUCACUUUUUGUCAUAAUAUCAAUACUAUCUUUAUCAUUCCAUAAAUCUUGGAAUUUUUUUGGGCUUUUCUCCAGUAUUAGCUUUUCAUUGAGUUGAAAUCUUAAUAGUUAAUAGUAAUCAAGUUGUUUUGAUUAUUUAAUCUUACAUUAAUUUAAAUAAUUUGUAGAUUUAUGUGAUAAUUAUCUUGAAUCAUAAUAAGAAAUUAAAUUAGAUGAUUUACUCAAAAAUGGAUUUGAAUCUGAGAACUCUACUUCACAUAAGAAAAGAUGUUCCUGGGUCCAUGCCUCACAGUUUUGGAAGAAUACAUUUUCAUGAUUAUGCAAAACUCAAACAGUUGCACAGAAAUGAAAUGUUAUCUAAGAGAGAAGAUAAUAGAUAUGAAAUUGAGCAGUAUGUGAGUGAAAAUAAGAAGAAACAGUUCUACGGUGAAUGGUAUAUUCAAGCAGAAAAGAAAUUAACUGCCAAUAUUGCCCAACAUAAAAUUAAAGAUGCAUUAAAAAACAGAAAUGAUUGGUUGGAAGAACGAAGAGACAGAUUGCGUCAGUUGUAUGAAGAUGAAAAAAAUAAAUAUUUUCAAGAGAUCGAACAGCAAGGAGAGACUCCGGCAGAACGUAAAACAAGAAUGUUUUAUUCAUUGCAAUGUUUACUUGAAAAGAAAGAAGAAGAACGACUACAAAUUGUCAAAGAAAAGUUAGAUCAACAAUGGAGAGAAAAUUGCCAUGAAUUGGAUCCGAUAAUCAGUAAGAUGAUAUGUAAAGAAGUUUCAAACGAUCGAAAACAGCAGCUCAUUCUUAAAGCUAAAAUGGAGGAAGAGAUGAGGGAAAGGGAAAAUAUAUUUGCAAAAUGUUGGCAGAAAGAUGCAGAAAUUAAAUCUGAAAGGAUUAGAUUCGAAGAAGAAAAUCGUAGAAAGAAAAAUAUUGAGUAUGCUUUGAUUCAAAAAGCACACUUUGAGGAGGAACAGAGGAAGAAAAAAUUGCAAAAGUUAGAUAAAGAAGAAAUAGAACUUGAGAAACAACAAAGGGAAAUAAUGAAGCUCGACAAGAUUUGGAAUCACGAGAAAAAGUUGAAAUCUCAAGAAAAGGUGCGACGGGAUUUGGAUAAAUGUUUAGUAAUUAAGAAUAAAAUUCGACAAAAGCAAAAGGAAGAGGAAGAUAUAUUAAAUGAAUAUUAUAUAACUUUUAGAAACCUAAUAGAUGAGAAAAAUAAAACAAGAAAAAUGGAUAAGCAGUCGAAAGAAAAAUUACAUCAAGAACAAUUACAAUAUUUUAAUUAUUUGGCUAACGAAUUAGAAGAAGAGAAGAAAAGAGGGUUAGAAAUGGUAAAAUUUUUCAAGGAAGAAAAUGAUAAAGUAUGGAAAGAAAAAGAGCGUGCGUGGGCCGCCGAAAGAGAAGCUCGAAAUAAACUUAUGUGGGAAUGCUACAAUGCGAUAGUUGCAGACAUUCGACAAAAAUUCGAUUCCGUAAAAAAUCAUCGCGCAGAAAUUCAAAAAGAAGCAUUCGAAAUGAACAAAAAAAUGGAAGAAUAUAAAAAAGAAGAAGCUGAGAAAGUAAAAAAGUGGAAAGACACUCAACUACGACAUCAAAAAGAUCUUUUGAGUCAAAUAGAAGACAUAAAGAAAGCAAAGCAGGAAGAAGAAAUGGAGAAGAUAAAGGAAUGGGAAGCUCAUAAAAGAGCAGAAGAAGAAUACGUCAAUAGAAUGAAUCAAAUAUUAGAAAAUCCCACAUCCGUCGUCUCGCUUCAUCCUUGCCGAAGGGGAAGAUUUCACAUACCGGUUAAUGAAGUAUCGUGAUAAUCUUAUUUUAAAAUAUUUUGUAUGUCAUUUUAAAUUUUAAAAAUAAACUUUUAUCGGUUUAAAUAAAUAAAUAUGAACAUUAAUAUAAUAUUACAUUUUUAAUUAUGAUGUAUUUUAGACCGUAGUUUAUUUACAAUGCGACAUUCUGAUUACAUUAUUUAAAACUAAAUCUGAUAGCUCGUCUGUAAAUAGUUGAAGGUUCCAAUAUAUGAGUAGAGGGCCUUUUUUCGAACCAAUUUUGGGUUAGGCCAGGCCUACAACGGGUUGGUCAGUAAGGGUCGGCUCACGAUAUAUCAGGGACGGGCAUGAAAAAUUUCUAGAAGUUGCUCGUGUAAAUCGCAUUAGCCUGACACCUUAACUGUUUGGCCAUUGAGCCAUUUCCAAAUUAUGCUACAAACUCUAGCUUCUUAAUUAAUUGUCUUAUUCAAACACACUUUAUAUGCAUGUAAAAACAUUUUAGUUAUAAAAUCUUUUAAGUUCUUGCCAAAAAAUUAAAUUAAUCACUUAAUUAUUAAUUAAGAGGAUAAAUUAAUUAAAUAAAUCUCCAGCUAGAUUGGAAGAUUCACUUCAGAUAGAGAGAUCGCUUAUUAAUGGAGAGAUUUGAUGAAGCGAAACAAAAGAUAAUAUUAGUCAAAUGAUUAGAUCGACACGUCGGUGACACGGUAAUAUAAUUAACAGUGCUGCCGAAUAAUUGAAUCGGUCCAUAAUAAUUUAGAAGCAAUUACGUAUCACCAAAAAUAGAUUCUGCAGAGAAACUAAAGAUAAAAAUUAUCCCAACAGUUCCUUAUCAGAUAAAGAAGAGUAGUAAUUUGAUAUUUGCUAGUUAAAGAUGAUUAUCCUUAAAAAUUAAACGACUAGACUUAUUAAAAUUUCUAGUUAGGAGUUCAUCAGAU